CAAACUGACUCGGGAAAUGACAGAGCGGUUAUUCAAUGCGUUACUAACGCUCGCCAAACGACAUCAUCCCAGGUUUGACUUAUGAAGGAAAUCAAAUGCACGUGAACGCAGCAGCAGAAGCCCAUCUGUUGGAUAGGGAAACUAAUCAGGAGCCAAGUAAAGACUUUUCAGUACUGCUAGCUUCUAGGCUAGCAAGGUUUUAAAGUCUGCCGUCCACACGACUAAGGGAUAGGACUUUGUUAAUGAAGUACAGCGCCUUCGCUGCAUGAGAAACAACAUUCGAGCGAUGUUUUAGGGGCACAGUUUUGUUGUUGCCGCGAAAGUAGAAGGUGGGUAGCCUCUGGUCAGCCGAAGCUUGCGGCUAGCUCAUUAACGUUAGCUGGGAAAGAAGUGCAAGUGGAGUCGGGAAAAUGGAGCUGGACGACGUAGUCCUGUAUCAGGACGACUCGGGCAACUCGACCAUGAUGUCUGAGCGGGUCUCAGGUCUGGCCAGUUCAAUAUACAGGGAGUUUGAACGGCUCAUAGAAAAAUACGACGAGGAUGUGGUAAAGGAGCUGAUGCCGCUGGUCGUCGCCGUGCUGGAGAACUUGGACUCGGUGUUCGCUGUCAACCAGGAGCACGAAGUGGAGCUGGAGCUGCUGAAGGAGGACAACGAGCAGCUCGUUACCCAGUAUGAGCGAGAGAAGGCACUGAGAAAACACACAGAAGAGAGGUACAUCGCCUUGGAAGACUCCCAGGAUGGCGAGAAGAAGGAUCUCCAGUGUCGACUGGUGACGUUGGAAUCUCACACACGGCAGCUAGAGCUAAAAACUAGAAACUAUGCAGAUCAGAUUAGCAGAUUGGAGGAGAGAGAAGCAGAGCUCAAAAAAGAGUACAAUGCCCUUCAUCAGAGACAUACUGAGAUGAUCCACAGCUACAUGGAGCAUCUGGAGCGGACUAAACACCAACAUGCAGCGAUGACAGCAGAGCCCUCAGAUACAGGAACAUCAGUCAGGACACGGAAGGAGCGUCCAGUCUCCAUGGGCCUGUUCCAACUUCCUGCAGCUGAUGGCAUGACCCCUGACCUCCACAGAGAACCCGUGGACACCCCAUCUGAACCAUGGAGAUUCAACAACCUUAGCCAUCCACGGUCUAACACCAGCCUCAAGGAUGAACUGUCCCAACUGAACUGUGGGAGUUCCAAGUCCAACACGCAAACCAACCAGGGAAGCGUCUCUAAAAACGGAACACCUGUGUCUUUACAAGAUGGAGGGUCCAAAUCCACCACUCCCUCGCUGGGGGGUGCCUCUAAAUCAAACACCCCCACAUCUAACUACAGCAAUAAUUCUCAGUCCACCACACCACUGUCUCCUUUUGAUGGUGGUUCUACUGGCAUGAGUCCCAUGUCUAGUCUUGGGAGAGGGUCUGCUUCUGAUGUUGCCAUGGAGUCUGUGGACACCCCCUUAAAGGACCAGGAAACUUCAGAUGGCCACAACAAAAACCUGGACUGGAGCAGUGGAAAGCCAGAGAGCAAUAAGAACAUAGCAGCGGUGCAGGAAGGACAGCAGAAGGGUCCUGAGUCUGAUACUACACCUCUUAAAGAGGAUGAUGGAGCAGAUAGCCUGGAGAAGUCUGAGGUGCAGGCUAUCAUAGAGUCCACCCCUGAGCUGGACAUGGACCUCGCUGGCUGCAGAGGAACAAGCACACCAACUAAAGGUGGCGUAGAGAAUCUAGCAUUCGACCGCAACACCGACUCUCUGUUUGAGGAGCUGUCGUCUGCAGGAAAUGACCUCAUAGGAGAUGUGGAUGAAGGAGCUGACCUGCUGGACUACAACUUUUUAGGUAUGGGGCGCGAAGUUGAACACCUUAUCCAUGAGAACACCCAGCUGCUAGAGACCAAAAAUGCUUUGAAUGUGGUGAAGAAUGACCUGAUAUCUCGUGUGGAUGAGCUGUCGUGUGAGAAGGAGGUGCUGCAAGGAGAGCUGAAUGCUGUCACACACGCCAAGACCAAACUGGAGGAAAAAAACAAAGAAUUAGAAGAAGAACUUAAAAAAGUUCGAGCAGAGCUGGACGAAGCCAAACAGAAGGUCAAGAAUGACAAUGAGGAUGAUAGUGAUGUGCCUACAGCACAGAGGAAGCGCUUCACCAGAGUGGAGAUGGCCAGAGUGCUGAUGGAGAGGAACCAGUAUAAGGAGAGACUCAUGGAGCUGCAGGAGGCCGUCAGAUGGACGGAGAUGAUCCGGGCUUCAAAGGAGAACCCAACUCUUCCAGAGAAAAAGAAGUCCAGCCUCUGGCAGUUUUUCAGCCGUUUGUUCAGCUCGUCGGGCGGAGGAGCCAAGAAGCCGGCAGCGGAGGCCCCAGUAAACGUCAAGUACAACGCACCCACCUCUCAGAUUCAGCCGUCCGUCAAGAAGAAGAGCAGCACCCUGCAGCAGCUGCCCAGUGACAAGAGCAAAGCCUUUGACUUCCUCAAUGAGGAAGCGCCAGCUGAUAGUGUGGUAUCCAGGCGAGAACAGAAGAGGGCUCAAUACCAGCAGGUCAAAGCCCAUGUCCAGAAGGAGGAUGGCAGACUGCAGGCGUACGGCUGGAGCCUCCCUAAGAAGCACAAAGCUAACGGUGGUCAGACAGAGAGCAAGAUGAAGAGUCUACCUGUUCCUGUCUUCCUCAGACCGCUAGAUGAGAAAGAUGCUUCUAUGAAGCUGUGGUGUGCUACCUGUGUGAAUCUUUCUGGAGGUAAAACCAGAGAUGGAGGUUCAAUAGUCGGGGCCAGUGUGUUUUAUAGUGACGUGUCAGGACCAGAGAGCCCGAAAAAGAAGAUUGGGUCUCAGAGCAGUCUGGAUAAGCUGGAUCAAGAACUCAGGGAGCAGCAGAAAGAGCAGCGGCACCAGGAGGAGUUGUCGUCACUUGUGUGGAUUUGCACCACCACCAAGUCUACUACUAAAGCUGUCGUCAUUGAUGCCAACCAGCCUGGGAACAUCCUGGAGAGCUUCUUUGUUUGUAACUCUCACAUCCUCUGCAUCGCAAGCGUGCCAGGUGCGAGAGAGACAGACUACCCAGCUGGAGAAGAAGUGCCUCCAAACUCUGAGGUGGGACCGGUGGGAGAUGGCAACUCUUCAGCAACCAGUACCAGCUCAGCAGGUGGCGACAGCGUGCUGGGAGGCAUCACAGUGGUGGGCUGUGAAGCUGAGGGAAUAACAGCUGUUCCUCAGACAGCAGGAAAAGAUGGAGAAGCCGAAUCCAGACCAGCGGAAGAAGCCACAGAGGCGACAGAGACCAGUGCAGAAUCUGCUGACCAGCGAGAAAGCCUGCGGGAAAUCUACACUGAGCACGUCUUCACAGAUCCACUGGGAGCUCAGCACAAAGUAGAGACGCCAGCCAACUACUCUCAGAGGGAGAGCGAUCUGCUGAAGGAUGGCGUGAGCUUGAACCCCAGUGCAGAGGAGCAGGACCUGAUGAGAGAAGAGGCUCAGAAAAUGAGCAGUGUUCUUCCCACUAUGUGGCUGGGCGCACAGAAUGGAUAUGUGUACGUGCACUCCUCCGUGGCUCAGUGGAAGAAGUGUCUUCACUCUAUAAAGCUGAAGGACUCUGUGCUCGGCAUAGUACACGUGAAAGGACGUGUGCUAGUUGGCCUCUCUGAUGGCACGUUAGCCAUUUUCCACAGAGGUGUAGAUGGACAGUGGGACCUGACAAACUACCAUCUGUUAGACUUGGGGAGGCCUCACCACUCCAUCCGCUGCAUGACAGUAGUGCAUGAUAAGGUGUGGUGUGGCUUCAGGAACAAGAUCUAUGUGGUGCAACCUAAAGCCAUGAAGAUAGAGAAAUCAUUUGAUGCCCACCCUCGUAAGGACAGUCAGGUACGUCUGCUGGCUUGGGACGGCGACGGUAUCUGGGUGUCCAUCAGACUCGACUCCACCCUCAGGCUGUUCCACGCUCACACCUACCAGCACCUCCAGGAUGUCGACAUCGAGCCCUAUGUCAGCAAAAUGCUGGGCACGGGCAAACUGGGCUUCUCAUUUGUCAGAAUCACGGCUCUGAUGGUGUCAUGUAACCGUCUGUGGAUUGGAACUGGCAAUGGUGUUAUCAUCUCCAUCCCUCUGACAGAGACAGCCAGCAAGGUUACCAAGGCAGCAGGUAACCAACCAGGAAGUGCAGUCCGUGUUUAUGGUGACGACAGUGGCGACAAAGUCACAGCAGGGACGUUUGUUCCGUACUGCUCCAUGGCUCACGCUCAGCUCUCUUUCCAUGGUCACCGUGAUGCUGUCAAGUUCUUCACAGCUGUUCCAGGUCACGCAGCUCCAUCUGCAUCGUGUGCAGGAGAAGCAGCUGGCGACAAGGCGGCAGAUGCCACAACUCAGGAAGGAACUAAGUGUAUGCUGGUGAUGAGUGGAGGAGAAGGCUACAUCGACUUCAGAAUGGGCGAUGAGGACGGAGAGAUGGAGGAGGCGGAGGACGCCCCCAUCAAACUUCAGCCUAAAGCCGAGCGCAGCCACCUUAUCGUUUGGCAGGUGACUCAGGACUGAGCUCUCGCUUCCGACCCCUCGAGGCCUGAUUUGCCUUUUCUCUCAAACCACGGAGGAGUGGAGGUGGGCGAGGCUCCUCUGAGUUUAAUCAGCACUUUCUUUUCUUCCUCAGUCCUGGACAGAAAGAGUAAAACAAGCAAAAACUGCUCUGAGCUCCUCCUCAACGUUAACCUUGAUGCAUGUUGUUUUAUUAUUGUUUUCUUUCUUUCUUUUUCUUUUUAAUUUCAUGGAUUUGAAAUGUAAUCUGUUAUAAUGCCUCUUUUAAUAUUAUUUAAUGUAAAGCGGUUGUUGAGGACAGAAGAAUUACUUUUGAUUUGUUGUAUUUGACAUUUCCAGGUUCCCUUCAUUCAGUCCAGUUACUGUGUGCCCAUGCUGGACUCGGCAUAUGUAAAAUCGGUCAAUGAAAACACAACAGAAAGUGGCCACAUAAGUGAUACUCUUUAAUAGUGUAAAAUGGAAAGCCUUCAUUUGGUAACUUUGCUUUUGAAAGUCUUUAGGUCAAAUGCAAUACACCACGUAUCAAGCUGGUUUGUGUCUGUUUUGUUUAUCUAUCCUAAUAAUCAAUUUGCAGUAAUGGUAGCCCAGUUUGUGCCUCGUGUGUUGCCGCUACAUUCAGGCCACAGAUCUGCACCACGCUGCAGAACCUAGCCCUGGAAAAAAGAGCCCAUGUGGAAGCACCAAAGAUUGUAGUUCUUCUAAUGGCCACUAGAGGUGCCACAGACUUCCAUGUUAUUAUUCCCAACUUCACCCAUGAGAAUAACUUCGAAGCCUGUACAGCUAAUUAGUCCGUUCAACACAAACACAUACAAUCAGUGUUUUUUUGUUUGUUGUUGUUUUUUUUUUUUAAAUAUGCAACUUAUAAUUCUGGACUCUGCUGAAUGAGGAAUGUGACCAAUCAGGCUGCUGAGUUUUACAUUCUCAAAUUUCGAGUCACUGAAAUGAACUUCUGCAUCAUGUUUGUGCUGUUUGUCCUUUAGUAGCAAUUUUAUCAGACAAAUAAUAUCAUGCUGUGAGGUACAGGCUGUUUCUGCUUUGGUUUUGGUGAAAUUCUAGCAUUUGAUUAGUCUUACUGUAGUGUCUGUAGUUACACCUGCACAAUUUAUAGAUGCAACAUGGCGCGCCAUCCUCUUGUGCAGCAGCAGUUUGCAGCAUUUGCAGCAGCAAAUGUUGCUCUAUAGCAACUAUAAAAUGUCUCGUUUUGCACAGGUAUUCAUGGUCCUCUUGAAAAGGUUUCCUGGCACUUCAUGUAGUGCUGCUUCAUCUGUAUGAAUCUUGGGACGUAUUUUGAUUUUGAGAUUUUUCUCCCCCUCCCAGGACGUGUCUUUAGACUGCAUGGUUGGGGUUGUUGUGUUUCCUGAAAAUCCGAUGAUUAGCUCUGUGACAGAACGCAGUGUUAAUGAAUGAGAGGCACAAACUGCAGCUCUAAUGGAGUUGCAGUAGCAGUUACCAUUUUAACUCACUGACAGAAGAUUUGAUGACAUAAAAAGCAGAAGCUGCUGUGUCUGUAUAAACCUAAAGAAAGGAGGACUUUCUUUAGGUUCACACACCACAGACGUGUACUGAAUCCAGGAUAAGUUCGAGUCCUUUGGCUCUUUGAUAUGCAUGAGGACUGAUUUAAAGGCUUUGAGUGUAACAGAGUAUUUAUUUUUUUUUUAUCAAAACAAUGCUCUGAUUGUUACCAAAGGUUAAAGAAUAUAAAGUUUUCCACAUGGUAAAACAAUAAUUGUGUCUGGUCUAAAUGAUGGCACCUUUCUGCAGCAUGUGAGUCUGCCUCCAUGUAGAUACUGUGCGAGUUUUUCUAACAGAAUUCCUAAUGUAUAGAUGAGAUCUAUUUUUAGACUUUAAUAUGUGGGAAUAUUUUUAGGGUGUGGGAAAAGAGAAUGUGCUGCUGGACCUAAAACUGAGAGGAUAAAAAAGCCACACUUAGGAUUAUCGCCCCGUGUCCCCCCCCCAACCACCCCCCAAAAAUUCUUCUUUUUAAUAGGAGGUCAAAACUGGAACAUGUAUAUGUGUCAAUUAGCAAUAUCGCAGCCUGGCGGCAAAGCCCCGUUUGCCAGGUUCCAUAUGAACUUUUCUUUUUUAUGUCUGUCCCCACUGAGUGCAGUGUGUCAGAUGUUCACUGGAGACGGUCUCUGGCCUGCGUGUCAGCACGCUGCACUUUUGUUUUGUUCUUUGUAUUGAACCGUUAUAGCGGAGGCCUGUUCUCGUUAUGCGAGGGUGUGUUUGUGCGUCUUCUCUCCAGGAGAGAAGAGUAAUUAUAUUGCAAUUUAGCCAUUUCAGUAUUUAUUUACAAUGAUUGAGCCUUUGCAAUUCAGAUUGUAUCUUUGUACAUGGAAUAUGAAUAUAUAUGAUUAUAUAUAUGUAUGAAACAUGAAUGUGGCUUGGGUUUUUUGUUUAUUGUAUGACUUUACUCAGCUAUGCACCUCUGAAGCGGAGUGAGCGUGGGGUGUUUGAAAGCAGAAGCCCUGCAGCCUGUCAGCAGACGCAUCAGUUUCCACCUCCAGCGUGGGAAAUGAAGUCAAACUGAAGUCUGGGAGGCACUGAUUGGGCAGCUCCAUCCCAUCACAGCACGACAGAGGAAACUUUGUUGUAGAGUCUUCAGCAGAGCUCCUCCACACAGCUGUGUCAUCCCUCCCCUCUGCGACUGCUUUCAUUAACUCAGCAGGGGCUCCUCCUCCUCCAUGUUUGCAGUACAAACAUCUUGUACGUCUGCAGCAUCUAUAGCCUUACUUAUUUUUAACAAUCAAUUAAAGCAACUUUUGUGGGCAAGCUUGGUCUGCUGGGUAUAUUAUUAUGAUUAUUAUUAUUGGUUAUUAUACACAUGGUGGCUCUGCUUGUAAAGUGAAAUGAACAGAAAUCUAGAUUUGGGAUACAUGAAAAGCACACUUCUAUUCAAGAUGAACCAUGAUGGUAUGGUAGGGCUGUGCUGUGGUUUACAUCAUGGCCAGACUAGGUUAUAACAUCACAAAGUGUAAUGAUUGUAAAAGGAGGCUACGUAAAGAGCCAUCCAUCCAGUAACACUUUAGAGUUACACCAUCAUUAAACUGUAAAUCACU